AUGUUUGUGCUCCGACUGGUUGGCUGUGUGUCGAGUAUGGACGUUUCAUGUUCUAACGUGAUCCUCACUUUCUCUUUGCCGUACUUUCACAAGCGAGGUGUGGUUUUGGUUCAACGACUUUCUUUAGGCCCGGCUGAGUGUCCAUCACGCGUCGUUAUACGCAUCCCCACCAAGAUACGGGAUCCCCUCCAUAUGCUUUUAAUACUACACCAAAUCACUCCCGCUCUCGGCUCUUUCCACCACCUCCAGGGAAAUCCGCGAGAGGAGGGGUUGUACGGCCCUCUUUACGGCACUCUCACGAGAACGCUCAGGGACGGCCACGCGCCCUAUUAA